UUACCAGGUAUUUGAGAGGCCAGGACAGUGAGAGUGCGGUUACUGCAGUAUGGGGGCAGCGGUUCCUGGGCAUUAACCUAUGUGUCCUGGGAUACUUAGAAAACUACAGGCAGCACACAUUUCAGAUCCUGUAAUUCAUUUUGGGUAUCUGUAGUAAACACGAUAUAUGGCGUCAGUAACAGUGGAUGUGGUGGAGUCGGUGACUGCAAGAAUCUCUGGAGAUAAGAAAGUUGGUGACUUCAUUUUUUGCCCGUCAUACAUGGUAACUGCAAUGCUGAAGACACUGGAGGAGCUGCUCCUCCUCAGCUCUUCUGUGUGAGGACUGAAGAAGACCAGAAACGGAAUUAUCUGAAUUAUGCUUCUACAACAGAACUGGGUUUCUCCUCAAUGGGCAUGGCAGAGCCUGGGGAAGUCCUUCCUUCUAUUUGUUUUCUUAAUGUUGCAAACAGCUGACUUGGAAGCCAGGAGAGGUCAUCAGUUUGUCUGGAAAACAGGUCACUGGGGCCGAUGCGUGGGUGACUGCGGUUCAGGGGGCACUCGCAGCCGGGCUGUCUGGUGCACCCACACCGAGGGCUGGACGUCCCACCACGCGAACUGCGACCAGAAGGAGAAGCCCGAAAGCCACCGGAGGUGCUUUAAGGUCUGCGACUGGCACCUGGAGCUGUUCGAGUGGGAGGUUUCGGGAUGGGGCACCUGCGUGCCCGGCGGUGAGGCUGGGGCCUGCGUCACGGCGCAGCACGGCCUGCAGCACCGCAGCGCCCGCUGCCUCCAGAAGCUGAACAGGAGCACCGUCGCCAGCGAGAUCUGCGAGCAUCUCGCACCCCGGCCACCCCUUGAGCAGGCCUGCCUGGUGCCGUGCCCGCGGGACUGCGUCGUCUCCGACUUCUCCGCCUGGUCCCAGUGCGGUGGGGGCUGUGCCAGGACCAUGCGGCACCGGACACGCACCGUUGUUGCUCCCCCGCUGUAUGGGGGUGCCCCGUGCCCCAACCUGACUGAGUCCAGGCUCUGCGAAAUGGCUGCUUGUCCCCUCGGGGAAGAGGAGCACACCUACAGCCUCAAGGUGGGGCCCUGGGGCGAGUGCAGGCUGCCCCAUCGUGACGACGCAAUGGCAGCUGGGAAAGCCAUGCUGGAUUUUGGCACGGACUCUGGAGAGCCAAGCAUAUCGUGGCUCGAAGGCCAUAAAGCUCACCAUCAUGCACGGGAGGUGCAGGUCGGGUAUCAGAGCCGGCCGGUCAGGUGCGUGAGGAGUGACGGCAAAAAUGUCGUGCUGAGCCUGUGCGUGCAAGAUGCUGUCUCUUUGACCUUCAAAUCCUGUGUCAUCGCCAAAGACUGUGAAACGUCCGAGUGGUCGGCAUGGAGUGCCUGCUCACAGACCUGCAGCUGGGGAGAGCUCGCCCCGGGCUUUCGGAGCCGCCGCCGUGGUGUGCAGAGCCUGGCAGUGGGCACUGGGAAGCUCUGCCCGGAGCUGGAAGAGAGGGAAGCGUGCAGCGCAGGAGGGAGAGAGCUGCUGCAGCCCUGCCCCAGGUUUUCCUGGAGAACUUCUGAAUGGAAAACUUGCCAGGUGUCUCUCCUCCUUGACCAGCAGGACCCUCGCCACCAUAAGCAUACAGGCCUCUGUGGAGGUGGCAUACAAACCCGCGAGGUCUACUGCGUCCAAAUCACUGUAGAAGUUGAGAUGCACCGACUGAAGGAAGUUAGUAGACCAGUUGAUGGGAAGUUCUGCCUGGGUCCUGCUCCCUCAGCCUCCCAGCUAUGUAACCUGCCGUGUCCGUCUGAGUGCGAGGUGUCUGCCUGGUCGGUGUGGGGCCCCUGCCUUCCUGAAAACUGCCAGGACCGCCAGGGGAGAAGAGGCUUUAAAAUGAGACAAAGACAUGUAAUCAUGGAUCCUGUAGGCCCUUCAGCGGGUUGUCCACAUCUAGUGGAAUCUAUUCCUUGUGAAGACCCAGUAUGUUAUGAGUGGAUUAUUUCAGAAGGAAUAUGUGUGACUGACCAUGGAAAAUGUGGACUUGGAAACCGCAUCCUGAAAACUGUAUGCAAGAACAAGAAAGGUGAAGAAGUACCCCAUCACUUUUGCUCAGAGUAUCCACGUCCUGAAGUCAUGGCUUGUGAAAUCCCUUGUGCAACAGACUGUGUGAUCGGCGAGUGGUCCCAAUGGUCCCCGUGCUCCCAUUCAUGCUCCAGUAAAAAUGCCGAGGGUAGUCAAAGCAGGAGUAGGUCCAUCUUGGCCCUUCCAGCAGAGGGUGGAAAAGCUUGUCCUCCUGACAGAGUCCUUCAGGAGCAUCGUGCCUGCAAUGAUCACCCAUGUGUGCAUUUCUACUGGGAGACUUCUCCCUGGAGCUCUUGCUCUGAAGAUUCCCUGGUUGCGCUGAAUGCAACCUUCAGUUGGAGUGGAGAAGCCACUUGUGGAGUGGGCAUACAGACAAGGAAAGUCUCCUGCAUGAAGAGUAGUUCUGGACAUAUUACACCUAAAAGAUGUCCAGAUUCCACCAGACCUGAGACUGUGCGACCAUGUCUCCUCCUCUGCAAGAAGGACUGCAUCGUUACGCCUUUCAGUGAGUGGACUCGCUGCCCAACAGCAUGUCAACCUGGCAAUGCUACAGCAGUUAAGCAAUCCCGGUAUAGGAUUAUAAUUCAGGAUGCUGCCAAUGGGGGACAUGCAUGCCCAGACACCUUGUAUGAAGAAAGAGAAUGUGAAGAUAUUCCCAUCUGUCCAGUGUAUAGGUGGAAGACCCAUCGAUGGAGUCACUGUAUACUGGUACCAGAUUCAGUGAGACAGGGUGUGCUGGGAUAUAAUGAGGCGUGUGGACAUGGUUUGCAGUCAAGGGCUGUUACGUGCCUGUCAGAGACCAACGAGUCUGCCGAUGUCACUGAAUGCAUGAGGUGGGCAGGACCUAUGCCACCUCUGGUGCAGGAGUGUCUCGUUCCCUGCAAGGAUGACUGCACAUUUACCCCUUGGUCUAAAUUUACAGCAUGCUCAUUUGACUGUGAAUCAACCAAAACCAGGAGACGGUCACUCACAGGGCGAAGCAGAAAGCGAGACAAAUGCCAGAAUACAGAAGUUUAUCCUCAGGUUGAAACAGAGCUGUGCCCCUGUGAGGUGUUUACCUCCCAGCCCCAUGGGAAUUGGUCAGACUGCAUUAUUGGAGGAGGAAAAUCAGAGCCACAGUCUGGAAUGCGAUCCCAUGGAGACACCAAAGAGUGUGGAGAGGGGAUUCGGCUACGCGCUAUUGCCUGCUACGAUAAGACUGGCAGACUCGUGGACCCAUCUCACUGUAGCAGUUCAGGUUACAUUGAAGAAUCUUGCACGGUUCCUUGUCCAUUUGAUUGCAAAUUAAGUGAUUGGUCCACCUGGACCCCUUGCAGCUCUUCCUGUGGAACAGGUGUGAAAGUCCGAUCCAAAUGGCUUAAGGAGAAGCCCUACAAUGGAGGUCGCCCCUGCCCCAAACUGGAUCUCAAGAAUCAGGUGUACGAGGCAGUCCCAUGCUACACUGAGUGCAAUCAGUAUUCCUGGGUAGUCGAACCGUGGUCUCCGUGCAAAAUCAACAGUGAACAAAAUUCCCUCCACUGUGGAGAAGGAAUACAAACGAGGAAAGUCAGGUGUGUAAGUACUGCUGAGGACCACAGAGGGGAGACGGUACCCAACACCCUGUGCAAUCAGGCUGAAAUCCCGGAUGAAGUUCAGAAGUGCAGCUUGUACUGCCCCAGUGAGUGUGCAGUGUCUGACUGGGGACAGUGGAGCACGUGUCCGCAGGUGUGUGAUCCAAAUGUUGUGCAAACCCGAACUCGACAAGUGCUGAGGUCUUCUGUCAAUACCAAGCCCUGCCCUGAAGAUUCACAAGUGAAGCCUUGUAUUCUUAACCAAAAUUGCUUCCAAUAUCAAUACAAUCUAACAGACUGGAGCACGUGCCAGCUCAGCGAGAACGCGACGUGCGGGCAAGGAGUAAGGAAGCGGCUCCUGAGCUGCAUGCGCAGCGAUGGGCGGACGGUCAGUGCGCGGCACUGCCAGCAGCGUCACCUGGAGAAGCCCGUGGAGAUGAGCAGCGAGUGCCUGGUGGGAUGCGUGGUGGACUGCCGGCUCUCAGCGUGGUCAGCCUGGUCGCAGUGCUCCCAGACGUGUGGUGCUGGCGGCCAGAUGGUGCGCGGGCGUGCAGUGCUCCUGCAGGCUGAAGGCGAGGGCAGGCCCUGCCCGGCACAGCUCACCCAGCACAGAAGCUGCCCGGUGAAGCCCUGCUACAGCUGGCAUCUCGGCCCCUGGUCGCCCUGCAGACUCCAGGGUGGACAGUGUGGAGAUGGAUUGCAAAUGCGCAACCUCACCUGUGUAGUGCAUGACGCAUCUGCUUCUGCUACAGCCAAACCAGUGGAAAAUGCAUUAUGUGCCGAGCUGCCUUUGAAAGAGACCGUGCUGCAGUUACCAUGCUCCGUGCCUUGCCCAGGUGACUGCCACCUGACCGAGUGGUCGGAGUGGAGCUCCUGCGAGCUCACGUGCAUCGAGGGCAGGAGCUUCGAGACAACGGGUCGACAGGCUCGAUCCCGGGCAUUUGUAGGUCAGUCCCCUGAGAGCCCCGAGAGCUGCUCCGGACAAGUGGUGGAGACACGGCCUUGCUCAGGAGGGAAGUGUUACAAUUACCUGUGGAAAACCAGCCUUUGGCGAGACAAUGUACGCACAGUGUGGUGCCAGCGCUCGGACGGAAUAAAUGUCACAGGAGGGUGUGCUCUUCAGACCAAACCUGCUGAAGUUCGUCGUUGCAGCCCAGCGUGCAAAAAACCCUUCUCCUACUGCACCCAGAGAGGAGUCUGCGGUUGUGAGCGAGGAUAUACAGAAAUAAUGAGAUCAAAUGGUUUCCUGGAUUACUGCAUGAAGGUACCAGGUUUAGAAGAUAAGAAAGCUGAUGUUAAGACCAUUGCUGGAAAAAAUAAACCUGUCAACUCAAAAAUGCAUGACAUUUUCAAAGGAUGGUCUAUUCAACCUUUUAAUCCAGAUGGCAAACUGAAGAUGUGGGUGUAUGGAGUAUCAGCUAGCGGGUUCCUCAUCAUAGCUUUCCUGAUUUUUACAUCCUUCCUGAUGUGCAAAAAAAGCAAGCAGCAUCAAAGCACUCCUCCACAACAGAAGCCUCUAACCUUAGCCUAUGAUGGAGACAUUGACAUGUAACAUAAAAAAGAAAUCCAAAUGUAGACAUUGACUGCCUUAAAUGCUUUCUUUUUUGUAACUCUCAGACUUCUCAGUUUUUUGAGGAAUCUCCUUAUGUGUAAUAUACCGGGCAGAACAGAAAUACCGCAAGCUUGAAAUUUUGCCACCUCGUUAUUAAAAAAAAAGAAAAAAAAA